AUGUCAAACACUGAUAGCAGGUCUGAAGGCUCUCGAACGCAGCCCAAAUCAUCCUCAUUUCCUUCGGCUCACUUGGCCAUACGCCAGUACUACGAUGUUCCUAUCAACGACACAACUCUCGCAGAUUGGCAGCUCAAACCAGAUCUACCCACAGUCGGUGAGAUAUUGGGCACCGAUCAUGAAGGAGAGGAAUUCUUUAUUGCGACAAAUCACAUCAAUGGCCCAUGGCCCUCCACUCAGCUGUACCUGGAAACCCAUUAUGGACUUCUCCGCGAGGAUGCUACCGCCAACCUGCGCGAUGCAGUUGCGUCGUUUCGAGAGCGGCCUGGUAUGAAAGAUAACAAAAACUUCGUCAUCUAUGAGCGGGUAUUCUUCACCCACAUCACUAUGGCCCACCGAGGUAUGGCAUUUCGAGUCUGUUUCUCGACGAAGCGCGCAGGUCAGCCAAUCUUAUGGCGCUACUCUUCUCGUCUUUUGGCUGGCAAAGUCGUUGCAUUGUCUCCAGCCUCAGACAAAUUUUCGACCGAAUGCGUGAUUGCGGUUGUGGCAGCAAGACCCAUGGAGGGUGUGGUCAAAACUCCUCCAGAAGUGGAUCUUUACUUUGCUCAGACAGAAAACAUCUCGCUUGAUCCGCUGAAAGAAUGGAUCAUGGUCGAAGGGCGCUCAGGCUAUUAUGAGGCACAUCGGCACACCAUGACAGCUCUUCAAAAACUGUCGAGAGAACGCUUUCCAUUGAGCGAUCAUAUCUGUGGUUUACUGAAGCAGAUUGAUGUGCCGGAGUACAUUAAACAUAAUUCCGUCAUGGAUUUUCAACCUUUCGCAUCCGACGGCUCAAGCCAGCCAUUGGAGUAUGACAUUCAAAAAGGGCUGCCGCCGGGUUUGUUUGGGCAUCUCAAUCCUCACCAGCGAGAUGCAUUACGGCAUAUCUUGACAAACAAAUUGCCCAUAAUUCAAGGGCCCCCCGGCACCGGAAAGACAUAUGUAUCCGUGGCCGUUUUACAGCUAUUGCUGGCACAAAUGAAGCCUGAGGAUCCACCCAUUAUAGUCGCAACUCAUACGAAUCAUGCCUUAGACCAGAUGCUCACUCACAUAGCAAAAUUCGAGCCGGGCUACAUCCGGCUCGGAGGUCGAAGUAGGAAUGCCAGAGUUGCCGAGCGGACCCUCUUUGCCAUCAGAGAGAAUCGAAAACCGGCUGUCCUGCCAACUGACCUUCUUCAGGGGGCGCGGCGUCGGCAUAGAGCUCUUGUCAAUGAUAUUAUUCAAAAAGUCCUAAAAGGGCUUGACAGGCAAAGCGAGUCCAGCACCGGGGGUAUCUUUGUUCAUCACGGUCUACGUACUGAAGAGCAGCUCACAAAUCUCGACAAGGGAAGCAGUGAAUGGAUAACUUCUGCUGGGAGGAGGCCUCCAGAUCCGCUUGUCGCGUGGCUGGGACCUCAGGCUAUUCUCUUUGACCAAUUCAUCUCACCAAGCCAGUUCAACAAGGCUAUCGCGGACUAUGAUCAAGAUUUUGAGCUGCUUAUGAGUCUGGAGGAGAAAGACAUGGUUGAUAACGAGGGCUUAGAAUAUCUCAAGGGCAGAGUGGUCGACCUUCGGCGGGCCUUUCCUUGUUAUGUCGGUCGAGUCAAAUCCGUCCCGAAUGAGGUCAUGGAAAAAUACUUGGAGCUGCGCGACAUGUGGGAAAUCCCUCGUGAAGAUCGUGGCGCAGUGUACAAGAACCUGCACGGCAGACUGAUUGCAAAGCUUGAUGAGAGACUUCGGAGCAAAAUGAAUGCUUACAUGGAGGUCAGCAAGAGGUUACAAAUCCGCAAACUUGAGCGUGACUUUGAGAUAUUGAAGACCACCAAGCUCAUUGGAAUGACAACGACGGGGUUGUCAAAGUACCGAAGCCUGAUAUCCGCCCUUAACCCUCGGAUGGUGAUGAUCGAAGAGGCUGCGGAGGUUUUAGAAGCUUCUGUCGCAGUCGCCUGUUUCGAAUCUCUCGAGCAUUUGGUGCUCGUCGGCGAUCACAAGCAACUCAAAGGCAAUUGUGCUUUGCACGACUUGGCCGGAGAGCCGUUCAACUUGGAUGUAUCAAUGUUUGAGCGUUUGAUUCACAAUCAUUUCGCCUUCGUGAUGCUGAAACAGCAAAGGCGAAUGGCCCCCGAGAUCCGCCAACUAUUGACGCCAAUCUACGACGAGCUGCAUGACCAUGAGACAGUCACUUUGAGCGAGCCUGUUCCGGGCAUGGGGGAUGUCCGCCUAUUUUUCUUCACCCACGUAUGGCCCGAGGUGAACGACAGUUUGACGUCCAAAGUGAAUGAGAUAGAAGCUCUGAUGGUGGUUGAGCUCUAUACCUACCUUUGCGCGUCCGGAACCUCCAGCAAGGAUAUAACGAUUCUGACUUUCUAUAACGGCCAGAGAAAGAAGAUAUUGAGAACUCUGAUGGAGAAUGAAGGCGCGAUACUUGAUGGCGCACCUAAUGUUGUCACUGUGGACUCUUACCAAGGCGAGGAGAACGACGUUGUCAUUCUAUCGCUCGUCAGAAGUAGAAGCAGCCAAUCUGAUGGCAUCGGAUUUCUCGGUGUCGACAAUAGGGUCUGCGUUGCCCUCUCUCGGGCCAGACGCGGGCUUUACAUGCUGGGCAAUGCAGGUCACUUGGCAUCUGCAAGCAGACUCUGGCGGAGGAUUAUCUCAAUAUUGAAGGUACCUAUUCACGGCAGACCCCAGAUCGGCUUUGAAAUACCCGUGACAUGUCGACAUGGUGUUCGAUCAAAGACUGGAGUGGCGCAGCAAGUGAUUGCAAACUCGCGUGUGGCCAGAGUCUCGACUGCGGUCAUAUAUGCGCCUUGA